AAAUAAAGUACCGGGCCUGGUUGCAAUUUCUCUUCUUACCGGCAUUACUCUAAAAUCCGGUUCCUUGUAGAAAAGGGAAAAUUCUCGAACUUAUAGGAGGGUAUAACCUAAUUUGUAAGAGAGUGUAGGCACAAAUCCGUAGUACAAAGAAAAGCGCGAACACUUUUCCGUUACGUGAGUGGUGGGCGGGGCGUUUUUUAUUUUUUAUUUGUCAAGUUCUUAUAAAUGAAGAUGUGAUAUGAACUCGUUUCAUUCACUCGAGGAAAGUUAAGCCACAACGUUUCAAGUUUUAGAGCGUUCUAAACAGCUGUAAUAAAAACCAUUGCCUCACGACUUAAGUUACCUAAAUCGACAUAAUUCAACAAAAUGACUUCCACGGAGAUCUCAAUAUCUGAAACAGAAAAGCAGCACCUCGGCACGGACGAUGUGAGGAUGGGGUCACAGCUAGCGAUGUUCCAACCGCCAAAGGGCCACUCGGUACAGCCUGGAUACCUGCCACAACAGAAUGACGUAUCAUCUGGAGCCCCGCCCGCUUACUUACAACCAACCAAUCACAUCCAAGCUCAGCCACAACCACAAACUACAGUGGUUCGUACUGCUCCUCGAUCCACGAAUGCAUUUUCGGGAGCGCCCAGACAGCAAGUACCGGACUAUUCCCGCAUGGCUUGGGCAGUCACUUUAUGCUGUUGUCUACCCUUUGGUCUUGUCGCUGUCUUCAUGGCAUCAAGGGCCAAGGACAAACAAAUGUAUGGCGAUGAUGAUGGCGCUCGUUCUACCUCCCAGUGUGCGUUGGGCUGGGCAGUAGCUGGAAUAGUGUGCGGUAUCGUCUUAUCCAUAUUGUUGGGCAUAUAUUAUUUUUCAGGUCUAGGGGUAUAACAGUAAUUUAUCAUUGAAGCUGUGAGAAAGAUGAACUGGUGAUGAUUUGGACCAGGGAUUCGAACCGUGGACCUGCAUGUCGGACAAUAAUGGUGUUAAAUGAAUAGAAUCUACGGACAUGUUUGUCUUGUAGCGAUAGAAUCGGUCAUAACCAGGGAUGUAGCUUUACGGGAGCACGGAGGCACGUGCCCAUCCUGUCGAUUUUAAAAUGGCGAAAAAAGACAAAUAACUAGAGUCUAGGGGUAUAACAGUAAUUUGUCAUUGAAGUUGUGAGAAAGAUGAACUUGUGAUGGUUUGGCCUGGGGAUUCGAACCGUGGACCUGCAUGUCGGACAGUAAUGGUGUUAAAUGAAUAGAAUCUACGGACAUGUUUGUCUUGUAGCGAUAGAAUGCGGUCAUAACCUGGGAUGUAGCUAUACGGGAGCACGGAGGCACGUGUCCAUCCUUUCGAUAUUAAAAUGGCGA